GUUUCCGGGCGGAUGGCGCGCUGACGGACGUGUCGGGCCGGGGUUCCUGGGACUUGAGCGGGACAGGCGUGAGCGACCAUGGCCUGGCAGAGCAUCCCGGUAGCCCGGCUGGAGGGCGUUUCGCAGGAACAGUUCACGCAGCAGCUGUACCCUCAGAGAAAACCUCUAGUGUUGGAAGGAAUCGAUUUGGGGGCAUGUACAAGCAAAUGGACAGUGGAUUACCUGAGCCAAGUUGGAGGGAAAAAAGAAGUAAAGAUUCAUGUUGCUGCAGUUGCCCAGAUGGACUUCAUUAGUAAGAACUUUGUAUAUAGAACUUUACCUUUUGAUAAGUUGGUUCAAAGGGCAGCUGAAGAAAAGCAUGAAGAAUUCUUUAUUUCAGAGGAUGAGAAGUACUACUUACGGUCACUUGGGGAAGACCCUAGAAAGGAUGUUGCAGAUAUCAGAAAGCAGUUUCCUUUACUGGAAGGAGAUAUUAAGUUUCCAAAAUUUUUCAAAGAGGAGCAGUUCUUUUCCAGUGUUUUUCGAAUUAGCUCACCAGGAUUACAACUUUGGACCCACUACGAUGUAAUGGAUAACUUCUUGAUACAAGUGACAGGAAAAAAACGUGUUGUACUAUUCAGUCCUCGAGAUGCCCAGUAUCUAUAUUUAUCAGGUACUAAAUCAGAAGUACUGAAUAUAGACAAUCCAGACUUAGCUAAAUAUCCACUGUUUUGCAAAGCUAGAAGGUAUGAAUGUUCCCUUAAAGCUGGAGAUGUAUUAUUCAUUCCUGCUUUAUGGUUCCAUAACGUAAUCUCUGAAGAGUUUGGAGUGGGAGUGAAUGUUUUUUGGAAGCACCUUCCGUCUGAAUGCUAUGAUAAAACGGAUACCUAUGGAAACAAAGACCCUACGGCAGCAUCAAGAGCUGCACAAAUUCUGGACAGAGCUUUAAAAACACUGUCUGAAUUACCAGAGGAAUACAGGGACUUCUAUGCACGGCGAAUGGUCUUACACAUUCAAGAUAAAGCCUAUAGUAAAAACUUUGAGUAAAUAAUGAAGUGAAUGCAAGUAAUAUAAACUUUGCAAUACAGUUCAACUCAAAUAUUAGAAAAGUAUAACAUAUAAAAUAUUUUUUAAAGAUUGAUUCUUUGUUAAAAUAGGAAAGAUAAAUCUAUCUCAGACUUAUAGAUUAAAUAUGAAUUUGUAUUUAUAUGGUUUCUAUUUAAUACAGUAGGUUGAAAGAAUGUUGUACUGGGUGGGACCACUCUAGCUUUCAGAUGCAAAUAAUUAAAAAUCCAACUUAAAAUGACUUAAUAAAAUAGAUUGGUUGGCUCAAUCGGUUAAGUGGCUCAGGUCAUGAUCUGUUUGUGGGAUCGAGCCCCAUAUCAGGCUCCAUGCUGACAGUGGUGAGCCUGCUUGGAAUGCUCUGUCCCUCUCUGUUCUUCUCCCCCCGCUUGUGCUCUCUCUGUUCUUCUCCCCUGUUUGUGUGCUGUCUCCCUCUCAAACAUAAAAAAAAAUAAAAUGACUUAAUAAAAUAUACUGAAUCAUUAUACAUGAAGUCAACUGAUAAACGGGCUUCAGUAUUUCUGAUCCAGUGAUUCAGUAGUGUCACCAAGAACCUCUAGGUUUGUUUCUCCCAUUUUCAAAUGCAGCAUUGGCAUCAUCCUAAGGCUGGCUACCCUCGUGGUCACGGGAUGAUUGCCAAUAGCAGUUGGAGCCAUGUGCUUCUUCAUUUACAUGCAGUGGAGAAGUCAGGCUGGAUUCCAAGGGCCUUCUCUUAAUAUGCAAAAGCUUUCCCAGGGUCUCAUUGAUCUAAAGUGGCUUAGACCUGUCUACCGCUGAGCCAGUCACUGGGAAACGGUAUGGAAUAACCCUUAGAACAACUGGGUCUCCUGGAGCUUAUAAGUAGAAUCCUCUUCCUCUGAGGUACAUGAGGUAUACAUGCGGACAGCAUGGAUAAUUUUUAAAAUUAGGAUUCAGGUUAGGAAAAGAAGAUGAGCAACCAACGAUGUCUACUACAUUUUUCCUUUGAGCUUUUUAAAACACAGUUGUCUAGGCACCAACUUUGUAGACUUUAUUCGGUAUGUUUAGGGUUUGGUAUAGUAUCUGUAUCUGGUAGACCUCAUAGGUUGUUUUGAUGUAUAAUCAGGAUUGAGAACAACUGGAUUAAAUGAUAGUAAUUUGGAUUAUUGGUUUUGUGAUUUGUCCAAAAAGUUUAAUCUGAUCCUGGGGUUUUUUGGCACUCAAAGUCAGAUCUGCCCCUUUUUUCAGUUAUUCAACGUCAGAAAAUGUUCAAAUCUGUUUUAAUUUAUACUUACAGCUAAAUCUCAGCCCAAUUAGUUUUCCCCACUAAAUGAUUUUCCACCUCUUUUUAAAGAGAAAAAUUCUUUUUUUAAGAACAAAUACAGGAGAGAUCCCAAUAAUGUUGUCAUCAUUGAAGACAAUGAGCCAUUGUAUGUGGAUCUGUGCCAUUCUUUGUAAUUAUAUUGCAAUUUCAUUGAAGAAAGACCAGAUAUACUUACUGAACACAAAUGUGUUCAUCUAAAGCAAUCUGAGUGCAUCAAGUUGGUGCGUUUUAAUUACGGACAAAAUAAUUUUCUGUUAAAGUAAUUCGUCUGUUCAUAUCCUGUGUUUGGAGUUUGAUUAAUUUCAGGUAUAAAAAACAUUACGAUAAAUAACGGAAAAGUAUAUAAAAAAUCAUUCUGAACUCCCUAGGUGCCUUUGGGAAGAGAGAUUGAAGUUACUCAGGUCAACAAAAGUAAAAAGACGGUCUGUUAGAAAAGCAAUUGUCACAUUAGCCUGA